UACCACUACUACAAACUCAAAAACAAAAAGAAAAAAGAAUGGGAUCAGAGAUCAGAGUUGAAAUACCAAAAAUAGAUUUCACAGGGGUAGAAUUGUCCAAAACAGGGACAAAGGAAUGGGACAAAACAAAGGAGAAGGUGAUGGAUGCAUUGGAAAAGCAUGGUUGUUUUGAAGCAAUGUUUGAUAGAGUUUCAAUGGAAUUAAGGGAUGAGUUCUUUGGUCCAGUGUUGGAUGAACUCUUUAAAGUUCCAUUAGAUUUAAAGAUCUUGAAUUCAUCUGAUAAACCUUUUCAAGGUUAUAUCCCAAAGCGCCCUGAAUUGGGUUUUGAGAUGGCAUGGAAAUUAACACGGGGAUUAACAGAGCUCGAAUUGAUAGUAAGGAAGAUGGUGGUCGAAGGGUUGGGGGCGGAGAAACACUUUGAAUCGUUAGUGAAGUCGACGACACACAUAAUGAGGAUGGCGGAGUACGGGCCGCCGGUGAAUCAAGAGACAAUGGUCGCGAUGACGACCCAUAAAGACAUGAAUCUCCUCACUAUCAUUUGCCAGCACCACGGCGAAGGCCUUGAGCUGCAAACCAAGUCUGGUGACUGGUUCCACGCUUCCCCUUGCUCCUUCAACGUUAUCAUCGGCGAAUCCUUUGAGGCAUGGAGUAAUGGAAGGCUAACACCGACGCCGCACAGAGUGAAAAUGUCGAACAAUGAUACAAGGCGAUCUAUCGGGUUAGCCUCGCAGUUCAAGUAUGGAUGGAUCAUACAAGCCCCAGAUGAGCUGGUUAACCAAGACAACCCUUUGCAAUAUAAGCCCUACACUUAUGAAGGGUACCUUAACUUCCUCUUCUCAGAGGAACCAUGGGGUAAAAAACUCAAGACUCUCAAAGCUUAUUGUGGGGUUGAAGGAAAGGAAAUGGUGCCAUAAAGCCUAACAAAAAAAAUAUACAUAUAUUUAUUAUGUGGCUUCUAAGGUUCUAAUAAAACUGGCAUCAGUAUGUUUCACCUACUUCUAAUAAGAAUAAUAUCAACAACAAAUUGCAUGGAUAUCAUCCUGUUUGUACUAACUUUGAUGAAUUAUGAUGCCUUAUAAAAUGGCAAAUUAAGCUA